AUGUCAUGGCGACUGUCCUUUUUUCUUUUUUCAGCCUUCAUUACUGUAAAAGAGUUUGAGUGUCAAAUGUCCACGCCAUCACUGCGCUUCGGCAAUGCCACCACUUCGGUGGUGGGGGUCCCGCCUCUGCGUGUGUACCGCUACACGACACCGACGCCGAUUGGUGAGUGUGUUGUGCUUGUUGAUGAGGAGGGUGCGGUGUGUCUGUGCAACUGGACGGACUGCGAGGAGGAGGCAGUCUGCCGACUACGGCGGGCUUAUCAGCCGCGUGAGAUUUUGAUCGAGGAAGCCGCGGCGACCGCAAAAGAGGAGGAGGAAGAAGAAGAGGACGGUGACGACAGUGAGACGAGUGAUGCCCGUGCGUACGCAGUGCGGCAAUUGCGGCGAUACUUCAGUUAUUCCUUCCCCCCCAUGAGCGGGGGCGGCCGUGAUGCGUCCGUUUCUUUUUGCCAGCAAAAACUGCACGCACUUUUGGAUGGCGUUCCCAUUCGGUACCCGCCGUCGACGUCAUUGACGCAGGCUGCGUGGGCGGCGCUUCGUGAGGUGCGAUUGGGUGAGAUCACGACCUACGGCGCACUUGCGAAGCGAUGUCAACGACCGAGUGCCAGUCGGGCGGUGGGGCGGGCGAUGCGUGAGAAUCAUGUGUGCCUCUUUCUGCCGUGUCACCGCGUCGUUGGGGCGUCGCGGGCGUUAACUGGGUUUGGCCCCGGCCUGUGGCGCAAAGUGUGGCUGCUGCGGCACGAGCAGGCGGCAAUUCCGGCGAGGCAGCUGCAGCGCGUGGAAUCCGUGCAGGGGACUUCACUAAAGCGUGAAAGGGCGUAG